AUGGCAACGAGUAAUGAUAGAUGUGUUCAAAGGGAAUUAAGCACUUUAUCAUGUGAAUCUAAUGGUAUGAAUAAUUCUGGUAGUGUUUUUAACACUUCUGCUCUUUCUAAAUCAUCAUCAGUUUGUGAAGUGGAUGAUACUUUUAAGAAUUCAAGAAAUGUUACACCUUAUAAUAAUUUAAACAAUAAUAUUAUAGCUAAUGAGAGUUUCGAGGAUGAAAUGAUUGUACUUAAUAAUAGUUUAAGAAAUAAUAUAAUUAAUAGUAGUUUUGAAACUACAAAUGAAAGCGAUAUAUUUAAUUAUAAUCUAGUAAAUGAUAUUGAUAUUACAGCACGAAAACUUCUUACUAAACAACAAAAUUACAUUGAAUGGGAAGACAGAAAACUUAAAGUUCAACAAAAAAAAUUAGAAUUACUUAAAGAAGAAAUUGCGCUUCAGGAAAAAUUUAAAAAUAUUUUAAUAAAUUUAACAAAUAUUUGCUAUAAUAUAUCUUAUUUUCAUAAAUUCAGUUUAAAAAGUUUAUCGAAAAGACUAUAA